CUGACGGGACGGGACCCCGGGGGCUGCGGGGCCCUUCCGUGGGCGGGGGGAGGCCCGGCGGGAGGGGGUCGCCUCAGCGGCUUGGCGCUCCGGGGCUGCUCGGAGGGGCCGUGCCGCCCUCGGGGGCCCCGCGGCCGCCGUGCUUCGCUGGGCGGUGAGGGGGGCCGGGCCGCGGGGAAGGGCCGCCUCCCCCGUGCCUGCGAGCCGCCCCCGGGCUCCUGCGCGACCUGCCCUCAGUCGCCCACCGCAGCGUGUACAGCACCGGAGAGCCCCGAGCAGCCAUGGAGCGGAUGCAGCAGGUCGUCGCCCGGGCCAGAGGCGCCUUCAACUCGGGCCGGUGCCGCUCGCUGGAGUUCCGGCUGCAGCAGCUGAAGGCCCUGGAGCGGAUGGUGCGGGAGAAGGAGAAGGAGAUCCUGGCAGCCAUCAAGUCGGAUCUGCACAAGUGUGGGCACAACGCGUACAGCCACGAGAUCCUGGGCGUGCUGGGGGAGCUGGCCCUGACCAUGGACAAGCUGCCGUCCUGGGCAGCCCCUCGGCCUGUGAAGAAGAACCUGCUGACGAUGCGGGACGAGGCUUACAUCUGCCCCGAGCCGCUGGGGGUGGUGCUGAUCAUCGGGGCCUGGAACUACCCCUUUGUGCUGGUGAUGCAGCCUCUGAUCGGGGCCAUCGCAGCAGGCAAUGCGGUGGUGGUGAAGCCCUCGGAGAUCAGCGAGAACACGGCUCAGCUGGUGGCUGAUCUUCUCCCCCAGUACCUUGACCGGGAGCUGUACCCUGUGGUCACUGGGGGAGUACCUGAGACGACAGAGCUGCUGACCCAGAGGUUCGACCACAUCCUCUACACUGGCAACUCCGCAGUGGGCAAGAUCGUGAUGGCAGCGGCCGCCAAGCACCUGACGCCCGUCACCCUGGAGCUGGGCGGGAAGAGCCCCUGCUACAUCGACAAGGACUGUGACCUGGCCGUCGCCUGCAGGCGCAUAACGUGGGGGAAGUACAUGAACUGCGGGCAAACGUGCAUCGCCCCAGACUACAUCCUGUGCGACCCGUCCAUCCAGAGCAAGGUGGUGGAGAACAUCAAGGCGACUCUGCAGGAGUUCUACGGGGAAGACGUGAAGUCAUCUCCGGAUUACGAAAGGAUCAUCAACAAGCGUCACUUCAGGAGGGUCCUGGGCCUGUUGGAAGGGCAGAAGAUCGCUCACGGGGGAGAGGCUGACGAGGCCUCGUGCUUCAUAGCACCAACUAUUCUCACCGAUGUUUCUCCGGAGUCCAAGGUGAUGGAGGAGGAAAUCUUUGGACCGGUCCUCCCCAUUCUGACGGUGAGGAGCGUAGAGGAAGCCAUUGAGUUCAUCAACCGUCGGGAGAAGCCCCUUGCCCUGUAUGUCUUCUCCAACAACAAGAAGUUAAUCAAAAGAGUUAUCUCGGAAACUUCCAGUGGGGGUGUUACUGGAAACGAUGUCAUCAUGCACUUCUUCCUCUCAACCUUACCCUUUGGUGGUGUCGGUAACAGCGGGAUGGGAGCCUACCACGGCAAGCACAGCUUUGAGACCUUCUCCCACCGCCGUGCCUGCUUGAUCAAGGACCUGAAGAUGGAGGGUACGAACAAGCUCCGAUACCCACCCAGCAGCCAGAAGAAGGUGGAUUGGGCCAAGUUCUUCCUCCUGAAGCGGUUUAACAAGGGCCGAGCGGGACUGGUCAUCUUGGCCCUGCUGGGGAUUGUGGCAGCGGUGAUCAUAAAGAAUCACCAGUCUGUGCUGAAGAGAAAAGCCCUCUUGAUUGUGCUGGCUGUUCAGAGGCUGGGCUGGCUCAGUGUGUGGUAAGGAGCAGCAGGUUUCAGAGCACUGCUGUGGCUGUCACAGUGAGAUGGUUUACUACUGAAGAGAGAAGGCGCCAUGUGCAAGUCAUACUCUGAGUGCUCGCUUUGUGUCUGUUUCCUUAAGCUGUGAUGUAAUUUUUUUCUUUUGUAUUGGGUUAUUUCAGUGAGCUGUCGAGCACACAGAGUAGUCUUUAGCGAGGCACUAACCGAGAGAAGGGUCGGACUCCUGCUAACUAAAAAACCAUGCUGAAACAGAGGGACCAGUGGGUACAAGCUCUCAGGAGGACUGCGGAGCAAGACAUACCAGUCCAUACCUCCACCCCAUGCCACGCAGAGCGCUCCUUCCAGGGAUGCACACACUGUGUCUUGCACCAAAGCGCUUGCCUUCCUUCAGUGACAAACAGCAGCUGAAGUUUCAGCUGUGAUUGCGCUGACAGCGUUUUCCCUGCAGUCUUCAGGAUGUCUGUCUUCUGUUGUGCUCUGAACAACCACCCUCUGGGUGGUGAGUCUAGGAGAGGCUGUGCUGGCUGAUGCAUUUUGCCAGUAGCGAUGGCUGUGAAUAAACCUAGUGAGGUUCCCCUUGCCAUUUAUUUGAGGUGAAAUAUUCACGGAUCUCUGCAAACCAGAAUUGUUAACAGCUGGUCAAGGGAUGCAGGCUGAUGCCCUUUCUGGGGCUCUGGGUUUCAUCAUGUGCCUGUAACAAUGAUUUGACAGUUAAAAAAUGACAAAGAUGAUACCUGCACUGCCUGUAUCUUGCUAAUAAGAGCAUCUUAUGCUUAUACAAAAGAACUUUCAGAACUGUUUAGAGAAGUGGGAAUCACAAAGCACCCUGUAGUGGGUUAGCCCACAUGGGCAUCUGAGCCCCACACAGCCACUUGUCCGCUCCCCCAGUGGGGUGGCGAGGAGAAUUGGAGGGUAAAACUUGUAGGUUGAAAUAAAGAUAGUUUAAUAGAUCAAGUGAAAGCUUGGUGUGUAAGCAAGCAGGUUAGGGAAUACAUUCAUUCCUUCCCCUCGGCAGGCAGAUGUUCAGCCAUCCCCAGGAAAGCAGGGCUUCAUCACAUGUAACAGUCACUUGGGAAGACAGAUGCCAUUAACCCCCCAUGUCUGCCCCACCUUCCUCCUCUUUUAUCAGCUUUUAUCAGUGAGCACAAUAUCAUAUGGUCUGGAAUAUUCCUUUGGUCAGCUGGGGUCAGCUCUCCCAGCUGUGUCCUAUACUUAGUUUUUGCCGACUCCAGCCUAUGCGCUGGUGGGGUGGUGUGAGGAGACACCCUGAUGCUGUGCAAGCACUGUUUGGCAACAGCUGAACCACUGGGGUGUUGCCAACACUGUUUUGGUCACAAAUCCAAAACGCAGUACCAUCCUACUAUGAAGAAAUUUGGUGACUAUGGUGAAAAUUAACUUCAUCCCAGCCAAAACCAGUACGAACCCAUUCCUGGUCAGAUUCCUCCAAGGGAAAACAAUUACUGAACGAGAGUGUACUCCUUUGUGUUCGAGCUUCUGAGUCUGCUAUAAUCCUGCACUGGAAGAUAAUACAGGGCUUGUUGUAGCUUGGAGAGAGGAUGCUGGAGAGAUUUAAGGUGAAAGGACCUUAGAAAUAUUAAUGUUUAAAUAAGAUAAAUUUAAAAAUUAUUACUAAAUGCAAUUAAUAUAGAGCAGAAAAUUAUAUUUACUGUGCAAUAGUUAGGAUUUCUUCAUGUCUUGUGAAAAUCCAUGUGCUAAGCCUUUUAUAAUUAUAUGUUUUGCAAGUACUAAAUAAACACUGAGAAUUUAAAUAAUA